GGAAUGGAAGUGGAAGAUGUCAUGUACGGAAUUCAAGGAACUUCAGAAUCCUAUGGUUAUCGACUAUGUGAUCGACUUGCCAAGUCGCAAUUUUGGGCUGCUUUAGAAAAUCAACAAAAUCUGGCGGACGUUGAAAUUGUCGUGAAAGACAAGACUUUUCCUGCACACAAAGCCAUUCUUGCUGCCCGCAGUUACGUAUUUGCAGCCGAAUUCGAUAAGAUUCAACCGAUAAAAGAUGGUCUUCAUCAGAUCCGAAUCGAAAUCGAAGCAGAACCUUCAACCGUGUUAAAUUUUCUUCACUUCAUCUACACAGGAGAGUUAUUGGGAACGUUGGCAGAUGAAAAAUUGUUCAAGUUAGCUCAUAGGUAUGAUCCGCCAACUUUGAAUACAAUUGGCGAAACUGCUCUGAUGGAAAUGAAUGCAACGGCGAUGGCAAAACUGAUGGACAGUUUAAAUGAUGAAAUUGAUGCAGUUUAUCCUUCCAAAAUCAUGCCGGAAAAAGACACGGAAAUAUCUUUUGAUCGGAUGUCCACUUUUCGAUGCACUAUGCGACUCGAUAGUUUUGAUAAAUCCGAAAUUGAAAGUCCAAAAUGUAUAAUGCAAUAUCAAAAGGAAGAUUUCGUUUUCGCUUACGUCACUGGACAUUUCCGCGAAAACCGUAUAAGUAAACCUUUGAUUCAUUUUACAUGCGCCAAGCAUCGAAGAUUCGGCUUGAAAGUUGUGGAUAUUUAUUGCAACCUAAAGGGACAGGAUCAGUGGUUCAAAAUGGAACCGAAGAAAUUAAAAAACAGUGCUGAAUUAAUUCAACACUUCACCUUCAAAUGGAAAUUGGAUUUUACUUGCUGCAAUCGGUACCUUGAAUUCAACUUUGACAUCAAAACGGUCUGCACGAUUGGUAAUUAUUAUUACGAAAUGAUGGACGACGAUUGGAUAAAGAGUUUUUGGACUGCCGCCAAAAAAACAAAAGUUUACUGAUGUGGAAAUUUUUAUCGGGACUGUUAAAAUAAUGGAAGCUCAUCGAGUUAUCCUAUCCGCUCGAAGCCCAGUCCUAACUGAGUCUUUGAACAAGAUCAGCAACACAGCAGAGAAAUCUAUCGUCACAUUCGGGGAGGAAUUUGAUAUAGAUAUUGUGCGUUACUUUUUAAAGUUCCUUUACACCGGUCGUUUAAAAGUGUGCCCCAAAGUUAAGCAGAUGAGUCAAUUGGCCGCAAUGUACGAAGUGGAGACGUUGAAAAAUAUUUGUCAGGUACUCAGUGCCAAACCGCCGGAUGGAGAAGAACUGACCAACUUUCUUCUAGAUUUAUAAU